AUGAUGCGAAUUAUUGUGCUAGAGAAUGAGGAAAACGCCAUACUAGCCAUUAAAAUAGUCGUGGAUCAUAGUAAGAUUGCUCGUUCUCACCUGAUACCCGAGGCCACACCACACACCUUUGACACGAUAGAUUUGACGCAUCCUUCAGUUCAACUACCAGAAGAAGCAAUGAUAGAAAAUUACCUUCAACAAUGCUACUAUACACAGUCUGCUCUGCUAUACUCUCCAAAUGGAACCUUAGACACAUUGACAUCCCAUGUUGUUAUUUUAUUAGUAUCAGCACACAAAGCUGGGGUUCAAACUGAGGCAAUGGAAUUCUUGCUUUGCUGUCUCGAUUUCUUAGGCAUACAAAUUUCGAAUGAGCAGAAAGCUGACGAGAAGUACAAAGCGCUGGCUGACGAGUUCUACACGGCACAGUCAAAAAUGCUUGCUUACUUGAGCAUUAUGGGGAAAAUUCGAGAAUUUAUGGAGCAGAUAUUAGCAAACGGUGACCGCUUCAUUAAUGGCGUGCUUUCCUUGCUCGAACAGUGUCCCGCAGAGCUGAUUGUUGUUCGAAAAGACGUGCUGAUUACGUUGAAGUUCUUUUUCAUAUCGGAUUUACGUCCCAAAUUCAUUCAACUGCUGCCUAGACUUCUAUCUGAAGUAGCUCUCAUAGGUUCUGGGUAUACAGCUGUUGAUCAUCUCAGAGGAUACUUCUACCAAACGAUGGCAGAUUUCCUUCACCAUGUUCGCUCGUCGCUCUCUUUUGAAAUGCUGGCACAUGUCGCCUUCAUAUUUUGUCGGGAGAUGCAUGACAACCUGUUGCCAUAUCAGAUCCAAGUUAUAUGUGCCAGAAUGUUGAGCAGUGUUCUGGAAGGAUUGUCGAAACAUGCUAAGGAAGGAGAAGCGAAUCGCGAUCUGAUCUUGAUGAUUUUGGAAAGCUUGGUGGUGAAAAUGAAG